ACUAUGUAAAUGUCGCAUGUAAUAUAUUUUCGACCAGCACGAAACCAUGAAAAUGUGACUGUGAUACAUAUAAUUACCUACUAAGUACAAUGGAGUUGUAAAUUGGAAAAACUUCUUUUGAAAGACUGAAAGCAAUAUAUAAUGAAUAGAAAUUUAUUAUAAUUUAACGUGUUUUUAGUGCAAAAAGUAUUAUAUAGAAUAUGAUUCAUAUUCAUAUUCAUAUUAUGCCUGAUUAUACUACAAGUCUGAAUUCUUAUGUACACAAUUUGCAUAAGUCGUGUGAUAAUGUACAAAAUGCCUUACUCAUCUCGUAAUUUAUUUCCACCUAUCGUGCGCGCACAUGCACACACACACACACACGUACACACGUACAUUAGUAAAUAACUACCGCUACAAAUCAGAGCAACUAUAUAGGUGUUAUACGAGGGUGUUUUGAAGAAUAAGAAACCUCGACACCAAGGUUACCCGAGCAACCUUAAUCUUUUUUAGAUGCAGUAAGAGAAACCACAUAUAUGCAUUUAUUUUAUAAAAAGAAAACAGAAGAAAGGUAUCGCAUGUCUGUAUCUAGUACAUGAGUCAAGUGUCACGACUUUACGGGUGUUUUGGCGACAAGCCGAUGCGAUCAAAGGUGUGGUUUCACCUUGAAGUGUUGCUAGGGUUGGAAGUUCCCUAGGCAGGUAGAACCCCGGCAAUAUUCCAUCCCUUGUCGGUGGACUUAAGCAUGCGCAACGUUGGUAGUGGUCAGCGUUAUUGAGUGGCCGGUCGUGGGGUGAAGAUAUAUGUGCAACUUGGCCUGUACGGUCUAUAUCGGUCGAUUCUAAGGACAUUGUCCAGUCUCUGAACUCCCCCACAAGCCAGUAAUGCCGCGGCUACGCACGGCGAACGAUCACCAAGUUUUCCUCGAGUUUUCCACGGGCAGCAAAACCGCCGGUUUGCCGCCGGUUUUGCACAGUACGUAUUAAACGUGAACCGGUUGUUGAGAGGCAUCAAAGGCGAUAUAAUUUCAAAGAGCUUUAACUUCGAUGUUAUAAACACGCGAGCGCAAUUUUUAUGUUUGUUUGUAAAGCAUAAACGCGAUUAUGUGAGACACUUUUUGUUUAUAACUUUGAUAUAAAAUAACGUGCGUCCAAAAUGAGUCGGAUAAUAAUAAAAAUAAAAGCUAUUUUCAAAAGAGUCGGUAAUCUAAGUAAUAUAUGUGUAAAUCGCUCACUAUAUUUUUGAUAUACUGUAAUUACGUUCUUAAUCAAGAAUCUUCAUAUUUUUGUAUUUCUAUCAAGAUUAAUAAAAAUACUUUUUCUCAUCUCCCGUGACUUCUUACCAUUAACUUUCACAAAACUUGUUUGCAUCAUGUUUUGCAAUUAAACAAAUUUGCUUAUAGACCUCUCGUGACUUCACCGGUGAAUAAUUAAAGAAAUAAUUACGAACGCCACGUUUACGUUUCAGCGACUGUCAUGUUCUCACUUUACAAAUACGGAGAAUCAAUAAGCGAUCAAUAGACUAAGCUUUUGAGCUUUGAGAUAACAGCUUCUGAGAUUUUCAAGGCGCAAUUACUUCCCCCUGCAUAAUAUUAACGCAUAACGGGUAAAAAAAUCGUUUGUAUAAAAUAUAAUCUUUAAACUUUUAAAGGGGAGCGCUAAACACGACGCGAGAUUUUAAUCCUCUUCGAUCGAUUCAUCAUGUCCGCUGUAAAAUCGGACAUCUGAAGAAAUCGGAAGGAUGCCAGCCGGUAUUUCGACUUUGGCGCCGACAUCGACGGAUACGGGAUCUUUCGAUUAUGAAACGAAGGAUCCGCCGUCCUUCACAAUCUUACAGAAGGAUGAUCUGGACUCGAGUCUGCCACUCUUACACGUCAAUGAGGACGAUGAGAUGAAUGCGCCGCAACUCAUCAAUUUGGAGAACAUGAAGAACGUGAUGAAGAAUAAUCUCUGUAAUCGCAGACGCAUCAGCAAAUCCAACGAACAUCUGGUCUUGGCUAGUCUACAAUCGAAUCAGGUCAAUCCUCUGAGGAAAAAGCAUCAGAGUAAAAGUCAGGAUAGUUUAGAGUUAGUUGAAGAGAGACCAUAUACAAUUAAACCCAGCAUUGUCUUAUCAACGGAGAAUUUCAAUGAGGUGCUGAGCGCAAAGCUGAAAAAGAUUCAAGAGCAAGCUGAGGCCGAGCAAGGCCGCAAGUCGCCCAAGAAAUCGAUCCUGCCGCAGAAGAAGCCGUUCAUUACGACCGUGAAGACAGGAGAAUUUCUAAUGCCGCCACCGGAAGUGGCGGCCUUGCUCGGCAUAGCGCUGCCCAGCAAAAACGAGGAGGAGGCGUCGGACGGAUGUCCUCUGAGGAACAGAUUCAAAUCGCUGGUAUCGCUAGCCAAGAGGCCGGAGGUACGUCAUAGUAGCCACAAUGCCAGAUGCCCGGCCGCCCUAAAGGCCACCGUAGACUUUUCCCUCGGCAUGAUAAACGCAACCACCAUCGCCACCGCCUCGACCUUGAACGAGCAAGCGAGGAGGUUCAAGAGGAGCGAGCAGGUCAGAUUCCCCCAGACGCCGCGUGCUUUACCGAAAAAGUUGGAACCGAUCGAGGGCAUGACGAAUAUGCUGCCGAGACUCCGCGGCGAUCAAUCUGUUCCUUUCGGAAAUAUUAUGUUUGACCGCCGAGUGGCUCGAGGAAGCACAUUCGCUUCCGCUCCUACUCUCAUCGAUGGGGAACAAUCGAUAGCAGCGAGGCAAGCAGAAGCGAGACGAAGACAUUUGGCUAGAAAACGUGCUCAAGUGCAAGCUUGCAGAGCGCUCGCCAGGACGGGUUCGCCUCCUCCGGUUCCUGGAAGAAAACACGAACCAGUGCAAACUGAGACUUUUCUCGAAGAGCUGACAGAAAAACCAGAUGAAUCCGAAGUAGCCACACAAACUGAUUACUUCUUAGAAAAACCAGUAUUGCCGAAUUAUUAUCCAGGCAAGGUUGGACAGGAUGCUUGUACCCAAAUCGAACCCGGAGAACUGUUCGACUAUGAUACUGAAGUUCAGCCGAUUUUGGAAGUGUUAGUAGGUAAGACUAUCGAACAAGCUCUAAUCGAAGUUCUGGAAGAGGAAGAAAUCGCUGCUCUUAAGGAACAGCAGAGGAGAUUCCUCGAAUUAAGAAAUGCUGAAAAAGCUGAAGAACAACGAUUGGCGGAAGAGGAGAGGAGACGUAGAGAAGAUAAGGUUCAACGACUAAAACAACACGAAAAAGCGAUGAAGGCUCAGCAGGAGACUGAGGAACGAGUCGCGGCUGCGGUAUUAUUAACAGGAUAUAUCGCCGAACUUUUACCCGCGGUUCUAGAAGGUCUAAAAAUGUCUGGCUUCUUAUUGGACGAAAUUAAAGCUGAUGUCGAGGAAGGUUUUAUGCCCUGGUUAAUGAAAGAAGUCAAAAAAGAAAUGGGUAAUAUGAUCGAAAGCAGAGAAUUGUUAAUGGAAAUUAUAAGAGAAAUCUUGGAAAACCGUGCACAAACAUACAGACAGCUUGGUGAAGAAUACGAUCUUUCGAGAAACAAGAAAUUAGCAAAUGUAUAUAACUCGGAAGGAGGGGAAACUGAUAACAAUUUCGUGAAUUACGAAUCACCCGUAACGGAAAAUAAUCAUGCAAUUUAGCGUAAUAAAUAAUUUGUUUAGACAUGGAAACGCUGCACAAUACUUUCAAGAAUAAAAACAAGAAGCUGUGGAUUGUACUCUAAGAUAUAAUUUAUAAUUUAAUCAUGUAAUUCUAAAGAAAAAUUUAAGUACAUAUUAAAUAAAUAAAAAUAUAAAAACAGUUUCAUGCACAA